AUGGCCGAUUAUCUCGGUUCCACGCCCACGGGCGACUGGCCCUGGCAGGAGCGGGCCAGGGGGGGUGACAGGAUCUACACCCUGUCGACCACCUCGAAUGCGGGGGUCAUCCGUCCCUCCCAGGAGUCGCGGGCCGCGGACUUUGAGGCCCUGAAGCAGGCGGCCCUGGCCGAGCUGCAUCCCAAGAAGCAGCGCACCGCCGCCGUGCUGCCCACCAAGGAUGGAUCUGUCAAGGUGCUGGACACGCGCAAGAUGGAUCGCCACACGCGGGGGGAGCUGCUGGAGAGCCUGGCGGAGGAGGACACGGGGAGCAACCUGGUGAUCCUGCAGAAGCUGCGCGCGCGCAUGGACAAGGCGGGCAUCCAGCCGCCGGUGGUGGUGGUCCGCUACCAGAACCUCUCGGUGCUGACCACCAUCAUGGUGGGAGACCAGUCGGUGCCCACCCUCACCAACUUUGUCAAACGCAUGACCGGGCCCCUGCUGAAGGCCAUCGGCAAGGCGCCGGAGACCACCAGCUACCCCAUCAUCGACAACGUCAGCGGCGUGUUGAGGCCGGGCGUGCUGACCCUGCUGCUGGGCCCGCCCGGCUCGGGCAAGACCACGCUGCUGAAGACGCUGGCAGGGUACAACCUGCGCGACCCCGGGCUCCAGAUCAAGUCCAAGGAGCUUACGUACAACGGCAAGGGCUUCCACCAGUUCAGGGUGGAGCGCUCCUCGGCCUACAUCUCCCAGAUCGACGAGCACUUUGGCGAGCUGACCGUGCGCGAGACCUUUGACUUCUCGGCGCGCUGCCAGGCCAGCGGCUACCGCACCACCAUCAUCGAGCGGCUGGCGGAGGCGGAGAAGGCGCAGGGCAUCGUCCCCGACCCGGAGCUGGACGCCUUCAUGAAGGCCGCCAUCUACGCCAAGGGCAAGGACGCCAGCCUGCAGGUGGACUCCACGCUGGGCCUGCUGGGCCUGGAGGGCUGCGCCGACACCGUGGUGGGGAACGCGAUGCUGCGCGGCAUCUCAGGCGGGCAGAAGAAGCGCGUCACCACGGGCGAGCUGGUGGUGGGCCCCGCGCGCGUCAUCUUCGCCGACGAGAUCUCCACAGGCCUGGACUCCAACACCACCUACUCCAUCGUCAAGUCCAUCGGCAACCUGGCGCACGUCAUGGACUACACGGUGCUGGUGGGCCUGCUGCAGCCCUCCCCGGAGACCUUUGACCUCUUCGACGAGGUCAUCCUCAUCUCCAACGGCAGGAUCCCUUACCACGGCCCCCGCGAGACGGUGCUGGAGUUCUUCGAGUCCUUUGGCUUCAACUGCCCCGUGCGUCGCGGCGUGGCCGACUUCCUGCAGGAGGUCACCACGCCCUCGGACCAGCACAAGUACUGGGACGCUGCGGCGCUAGGUAAGCCCUUCCGCUACCAGACGGUGCAAAUGAUCGAGAACCGGUUUGCCGAGACGCCGGCCUGGAAGAGCAUGGCCGAGGAGUUGAGCAACCCCUACGGCGGCCCCGAGGAGAACAACCUCGCCCUGCAGACCGCACACUACGCUCAAAAGCAUGGCGAGCUGCUGCGCGCCAACUUCUGGCGCCAGGUGGUGCUGCUGGUGCGCAACAAGAUCUUCAGCAUCAUCCGCACCACCCAGGUCCUGAUCAUGGCCCUGGUGGUGGCCACCGUGUUCUGGAAGGAGAGCAAGGAGAACGUGCAGGACGGCAACCUCUUCUUCGGCGUCAUGUUCUAUUCCCUGCUCUACCAGCUGCUGGGCGGCAUCUCCGAGAUGCACAUCUUGGUGGAGCGCCUGCCCGUCAUGUUCCGCCAGCGCGAUGCCAAGUUCUACCCAGGCUGGGCCUUUGCGCUGCCGGUCAUCAUCCUGCGCAUCCCCUUCUCCCUGAUCGAGGCCACCAUCUGGUCCCUCAUCGUCUACUGGGUGGUUGGCUUCUCCCGCUCUGUCCGCUUCCUCAUGUUCUGGGUCCAGCUCUUCCUGGCCAACGUCUGGUCCGUCCAGAUGUUCGUGCUCAUCGCCGCCGUGGCACGCAACGACACCAUCGCCACGGCCGCGGGGAGCUUCUUCCUGCUCAUCUUCAUCAACCUGUCGGGCUUCGUGCUCAACACCUCCGACAUCCCCCCCUGGUGGCUGGGCGGCUUCUGGGGCAACCCCUUCUCCUACGCCACCCGCGCGCUGGCCAUCAACGAGUUCACCUCCUCCCAGUGGGACGUCCCCGACCCGGUUAAUGGCGGGACCCUGGGCGCCAAUGUGCUGGCCUUCCGCGGCUUCCAGUCCGCUUACUGGUGGUGCUGGGUGGCCAUCGGCUUCAUCAUCGGCUCCUUCGUGCUCAACGCCUGCGCGUUCGUGGCGGCCAUCACCUUCCUGGGCGCCCCCCACUCCAAGCCCACCAUGACCGAGGAGUACCUGGAGGAGUACGACCUGGCGCGCCGCGUGCUCAGCGGCUCCGGCCGCACCGACCUGCCCGCCUCCGUGCGUACCGCCAGCCGCCUCGCGCCCGGCUCCAGGCCCGCGUCGGGGCCCCUGGCCGCCAAGGCGGCCGAGACCGGCGCCGCCUCGGCGAUGCUGCGCCCCAGCGAGCGUGCGGCGGCGUCCUUCGCCUCGGGCGAGGCGUACCGCCGCGGCACCGCCCUGCCCUUCACCCAGAUGGUCAUCACCUUCCGCGACGUCUGCUACUCGGUCCCCCUGCCAAAGGACCUCGACCGGGGCAAGGCCGACACGGGGGGCGAGGGCCCGCACGCCGGCCAGCUGCGCCUGCUGAAGAACAUCAACGGCGCCUUCCGCCCCCACGUGCUGACGGCGCUGAUGGGCGCGUCGGGCGCGGGCAAGACGACGCUGAUGGACGUGCUGGCGGGGCGCAAGACGGAGGGCGUGAUUACGGGCGACAUCCGCGUGAACGGGCACCCCAAGCAGGACCGCACCUUUGCGCGGGUGAUGGGGUACGUGGAGCAGACCGACAUCCACAUCCCGCAGGCCACCGUGCACGAGGCCUGCCAGUUCAGCGCGCGCCUGCGCCUGCCCACGACGGUGGACGCCGCCACGCGCGAGGCAUUCGUGGAGGAGGUCAUGACCCUGGUGGAGCUGGACCGCCUGCGCGGCGCCUUUGUCGGCUCCCCCGGUGUGUCGGGGCUGUCGGUGGAGCAGCGCAAGCGCCUCACCCUGGCGGUGGAGCUGGUGGCUAACCCCUCGGUCGUCUUCAUGGAUGAGCCGACGUCGGGCCUGGACGCGCGCGCCGCGGGCAUCGUCAUGGGCGCGGUGCGCAACACGGUGGACACGGGGCGCACCGUGGUCUGCACCAUCCACCAGCCCUCCAUCGACAUCUUCCAGACCUUUGACGAGCUGCUGCUGCUGAAGCCGGGCGGGCGCACCAUCUACAACGGCCCCAUGGGCGACGACUCGGCCGACCUCAUCGCCUACUUCCAGGCCAUCCCGGGGGUGGAGGCCAUCAGGCCGCGCUACAACCCCGCCAACUGGAUGCUGGAGGUGAGCAACCCGGGGAACGAGCGACGCCUGGGCAAGGACUUCUCCGAGCUGUACGACGCCUCGCCCCAGGCGGAGGCGCUGCAGAAGCUGCUGGCGGCGGAGGCGGAGCCGCGGGAGGGCGUCCCCGACAUCGACUACUCCGCGCUGCACAUCGCGGCGCCCAUGGAGCAGUUCCGCGUGAACCUGCGCCGCAACUUCCUCAUGUACUGGCGGCUGCCGGAGUACAACAUCACACGCUUUGCCUCCACCAUCCUCAUCGCGCUGGUCUUCGGCUCCAUGUUCUGGCGCCUCGGCUCCGACCGCACUACCGUGUCGGGGGUGCUGAACAUCAUGGGCGUCAUCUUCUCCUCCACCCUCUUCGUGGGCAUCAGCAACUGCCUCACCGUCCAGCACGUCAUCUCCACCCAGCGCACCGUCUUCUGGCGCGAGCGCGCCGCCGGGCUGUACGGCGUCCUGCCCUUUGCCGCCGCGCAGCAGCUGGUGGAGCUGCCCUACAUCCUCAUCCAGGCGGUGGUCUACGUCUCCAUCGUCUACUGGAUGAUCUGGUUCCAGCGCGACGCGGGCGCCUUCUUCUGGUUCCUCUUCCUCUUCUUCCUCACCCUCUGCUACUUCACCUUCUUCGGGGUCAUGGCCGUGUCCAUCACGCCCAACGUUGCCUUUGGCAACGUCUUCUGCUCCUUCUUCUUCGGCGCCUGGAACCUGCUCUGCGGCUUCCUCAUCCCCGAGCCCGCCAUCCCACGCUACUGGGUCUGGUUCUACUAUAUCAACCCGGUGUCCUGGAGCCUCUACUCCCUGGUCAUCGCCCAGCUCAAGGACUUUGGGGACGAGUACAUCGUCGGGCUGGAUGGCGUGGAGAGCAGCAUCCCAGACUUCCUGGAGAGCUACUUCAAUUUCAAAGCAAGCAUGCUGGGCCCCUCUGUGGCCAUCCUGUUUGGCUACUCGGUCCUGUUCAUCGCCAUCACCGUCUUCGCGCUGUUCAAGAUCAACUACCAAAGCCGCUAG